AUGCGGAUUUCGGAAAGGCCGAUCGACUACCGAUUUCUGUUCAACAAAAAAAUCAUGCUGAACAUAAGCGCUGCGAAAUCGAGUAAGAAAAAGCUACUGAGUAAUGUUAUUCAUUCAAUUUUGAUAUGCGGCUCACCAGUCUGGACUCAAGAUAUGAGCAAAAUGGGCUGGUCCGCACUACUGAAAAUCCAGAGAAGAAUCUGCCUGAGGGUAGCCUCUGCCUACUGCACUGUGUCUAGUGACGCAGUAUGUGUCAUUUCCGGCAUUGUUCCUUUGGACCUUAUGGCCUAUGAAAGGGAAAUCAACAAUGAACGAAGAGGAAACCCAAGGAGAAGAAAAGCUGCCGCAAACAAAUCAGCUGAAGAUAUUGUUUCUAUAAGUUAA